CGGGCUGGGCGCUCCAGCGCUUCGAGGCAACGCCCUCUUGCACCCUCUGUGUCCUGCGGGACCCGCUUCACCAGCAGGACUCGUAUCAACUUGACAAAGGAGUGUGGCUCUUGGACGUGGGAGUCUUCCGUCUGCCACCUGGACGCCCAUUCAGGCGUGACUUUGGCGAUUUCUAUAGUUUUAGACCUAACUAUGUUGGUCUUUUCCCAGCAAAGACGAUCAUUUUAGCUGCGUGUUUUGAUUUACACCCCCCCCCCCUUUUUUUUUCUUUUUAAAUGUGAUUUAUCUAUCCACACCCUUUAGGAAUCUUUCUGGGGGACUUUUUUGACUGUUAAAAUAAGGUUGACCGCCACCAGGAUGUUUCAGUGCUGGUCAGCUGCGUUGGUCCUUGGAUUCAUUUUUCUGGAAUCAGAAGGAAGGCCGUACGAAGAAGCAGCAUAUGGUCCUAAGUCCUAUCAGCCGCUGAUGAGAUUGAGACACAAGCAGGAGAAAAGCCAAGAAAGUUCAAGAAUCAAAGGAUUUCUAAUCCAGGAUGGCCCUUUUGGAUCUUGUGAAAAUAAAUACUGUGGUUUGGGGAGACACUGUGUUAUCAACCGAGAGCUGGGGAAAGCAGAAUGUGCCUGCCUGGAGCACUGCAAGCGGCACUACAAACCUGUCUGUGGGUCUGAUGGAGAGUUCUACGAAAACCACUGUGAAGUGCACAGAGCAGCCUGCCUGAAAAGGCAGAAGAUAACCAUUGUUCACAAUGAGGACUGCUUCUUUAGAGUUAACAAAAAUAAGUCUUUAAUUCACUUCCUCAAAAGCAACAAAUACCAGGUUAAUCAAAGACCUGUCGAGAGCAUCUGCCGGAGCUCACGCUGCUGGAGGCCUGUUGUUCAGGAGCAUGUGCUCUCGGCGCUCAUCACCCUCAGUCAACCAGAGGAGGAACCAGGGGCUCUCGAGUCCCGUGUGCUAAGCUCCAUUCCCAGCCUUAUUUCCGCAGUCCAUCUGGUUCCUAGUUGGUGCGUGCAGAUAAUAAAACAAGAAGAAUUUAGCAAGGAUCUAUCUGAUUGUACUUUGUAUCAUCUACUGAAAUAUGAUGAUUUUAAUUCUGACAAGCACCUGGCACUUGAAGAAUUUUAUAGAGCAUUCCAGGUUAUCCAGUUGAGCCUUCCUGAAGACCAGAAACUAAGCAUUACUGCAACUACUGUGGGACAAAGUGCUGUUCUGAGUUGUGCCAUUCAGGGAGCCCUGAGACCUCCCAUCAUCUGGAAGAGGAACAAUAUUCUUCUAAAUAAUUUAGAUCUGGAAGACAUCAAUGACUUUGGAGAUGAUGGCUCAUUAUAUAUCACUAAGGUCACCACGACUCACAUGGGCAAUUACACCUGUCAUGCGGAGGGCUACGAGCACAUCUACCAGACUCACAUUUUCCAAGUGAAUGUUCCUCCAGUAAUUCGGGUCUACCCGGAGAGCCAAGCCAGAGAACCUGGAGUGACGGCAAGUCUUCGGUGCCAUGCCGAGGGAAUACCGAAUCCACAGCUGAGCUGGCUGAAGAAUGGAAUCGAUAUUACCCCAAAGCUGUCCAAGCAACUCACACUUCAAGCAAAUGGCAGCGAGGUCCACAUAAGCAAUGUGCGGUAUGAAGAUACAGGAGCAUAUACUUGCAUUGCGAAGAAUGAAGCAGGGGUGGAUGAAGACAUUUCUUCUCUUUUCGUGGAAGAUUCUGCAAGAAAGACCCUGGCUAACAUAUUAUGGAGAGAAGAAGGUCUGGGAAUUGGGAACAUGUUCUAUGUUUUUUAUGAAGAUGGAAUCAAAGUGAUACAGCCCAUCGAAUGUGAAUUUCAGAGACAUAUUAAGCCUAGUGAAAAGCUACUUGGAUUUCAGGAUGAAGUCUGUCCCAAAGCUGAAGGAGAUGAAGUGCAGAGGUGUGUGUGGGCCUCGGCUGUCAAUGUCAAAGACAAGUUUAUUUACGUUGCCCAGCCAACUUUGGACAGAGUUCUCCUUGUGGAUGUGCAGUCCCAAAAAGUUGUCCAGGCAGUUAGAACGGAUCCUGUCCCUGUUAAAUUACACUAUGACAAGUCACAUGAUCAAGUCUGGGUGCUAAGCUGGGGUACAAUGGAAAAGACUUCACCAACACUCCAGGUCAUUACGCUGGCCAGUGGGAAUGUGCCUCACCACACGAUCCACACACAACCCGUGGGAAAGCAAUUUGACAGAGUGGAUGAUUUUUUCAUUCCCACCACCACACUUAUCAUCACCCACAUGAGGUUUGGAUUUAUCCUUCAUAAAGAUGAAGCUGCAUUACAAAAAAUUGAUCUUGAAACCAUGUCAUACAUCAAAACGAUUAACUUGAAGCCCUAUAAGUGUGUUCCUCGCUCGCUGGCCCAUACACACCUGGGAGGCUAUUACUUCAUUGGGUGUAAACCUGACAGCACUGGAGCAAUGCCGCCCCAGCUCAUGGUGGACGGUGUAACUGACUCGGUCAUUGGAUACAAUAGUGAUGUCACUGGCACUCCCUAUGUCUCUCCAGAUGGACACUACCUUGUCAGCAUUAAUGAUGUGGAAGGCCUUGUGAGGGUCCAGUACAUCACCAUCAGAGGAGAAAUACUGGAAGCCUUCGAUAUUCACACAAACUUGCACAUAUCUGAUGUCGCGUUUCAGCCAUCCUUUACUGAGGCCAACCAGUACAACGUCUAUGGCAGCUCUAGCACGCAGACUGAUGUGCUCUUUGUCGAGCUCGCCUCUGGAAAAGUUAAGAUGAUAAAGAGCCUGAAGGAACCCCUCAAGGUCGAAGAAUGGCCUUGGAGCCAGAAGAACAGGCAAAUCCAGGACAGUGGCUUGUUUGGUCAGUACCUGAUGACACCCUCCCAGGAUUCUCUCUUUAUUCUG